AUGCAGAUAGUCACCUACCCAGAUCAGCGACUAAUCAGGGUCGGCACCAACACCGCUAAAGAGGUGGUGACCAUGCGCUGGGUGCAGCGGGCCAACAAGGGCGUUGGUGACAGCGGCUAUGGCAAGGUCUACGUCGGCCUCAACGAGACGCUGUUCUCUUGGGAAAAGAUUGUCUUCGAUGACAACUGGGCCAGUAUCUCAAAAGGCAAGAGAAAGGAAGCUAUCAAGCAAGAAUGGAUGAACGCAUUCGGAGAGAUGGACGUCGCUGGCGUCACCAAGAAGAGAGGCGCCACGAUCAGUGAGAUCACGAGCUCGCCCAACAAAAAAUUCAAGCUCAUCGACGUCAACUCCAUCAUCCGAUCAUGGAUGAGGGGCGGGGUACUCUCAAGCAAGUAUCUCGAACGGGUCGGCAAGGACCUUCGUGUCCGCAAAAGCCUGAAACAUGCGCCAUCCGACGUAAGUCCAAACAUCGUCUUCGGAUUCGCCAAGGACAACUCGCGCAAAGAAAUCGCCGCAGAGAUGGAGAGAGAUAGACGAGCAGAGGAGCUGCGACUCCAGAAGAAAUAUCUUCAUGGUGAUGAAGAUGAGGAGAGCAAGGUUGACGAGAGCACCUUGUUGAAGUGGCUGGAAAUUAAGCCAUGGAAUGAUCGGAAGGUAUUCAACGAAUACUUCGUGUCGAAGAGGCCGAAGAAGUCUAAGGCACGCACGUUGAAGGGAGAACGCAGCGCGAUUCUCUCGACUAGUCUGAGGGCUUGCGUCUUCCCUCUGAGGAUCGACGACACCUUCGAUGGGAAGCAGUUGGUCGAGUUCUCGCGAGCUAUCGAAAACCAUACCCCGAUGACACUCCCCCCUGAAGAGUCUGUUCAUCAGAAGGACACCAAGCAACUCUGGGAUAGGAAGGAGGGUGCGAGAGGUAGAGCCUCAGAAAAGAUGAUGAGAAAGCGUGCUCUGCCGAAGAUCCUAAAGGCAAGGAUGAAGACUGUCCACCCAAGAUGCGGUGAAUUCAUGUAUGGAGACCAGGGAGCCCAAGACUAUAGUGGUCUGGGUCUCGACUUGGAGGAGUGGGAGAGCCUUACCAAAGAGGAGGCUUACAUCGACAUGACCGCGAAAGAGUCCCGCAAGCAACUGCUGAAGGAGACAGAGAAGGAUUGGCACUCCACACGGGUUGACAAGCUGAUCGAGCAGAUUCUCUCCCUGCACGAGUCCAAGAGCGAGGGGAAAAUCAUCAUCACUGAUGAAUUUAUCCAGACUCUGGACGUUGUGUCCAACGCCUUAAGAGCAACGGGCAUCGAGUUCCUCGAGUUCAACGGCCACAUGAGCUUGAAGGAGAGGGACGCUGUGCGCGAGCGAUUCCACGACCCCAAAGACGAAGUCAGGGUCAUGUUGGCGACCAUUGAGUGCUUUGGUUUGGGCUUGACCCUGGUAGAGGCUACAAAUAUGUUCAUCCUGACCCCAAGGUGA